AACGAACCCUGUUGAGUGUUUCUCACAGUGAGCAAUCCCUAUGCUUUCUUACCAAUCAUUCCCGGUCAGGGAACCUUAACCCCGCAACGGAAGGAUGGAGAAUGACUGAGUACCUGCGUUCUGUGGGCUGUGCUCUUCCUACGGGCGGCCACGCGCAUAAAGAGCAGUUUCGAGCAUCAGCUGGGAUGAAAGGCAGUAUUUUGUCUGAGAGUACGUCUAGGUAUCAGGCAGGGGUUCCAAGAGAGUCUUCUUCCGAGAGAACCAGCGGCACAGACCUCUGCUCCCUUGUCUCCUGCUCAGCCACCCCAUCCCUUGUGCUCAUCUUGCUCUCGAAGGCAGUUCCCAGACCCAGGGGCCCGCAGCAGCAGGUUAAGAGGCUCUCAAGUAGAUGUUUUUGGCAGAGGAGAAUCUUCUUGGGUCACCACACUGGUGAUGGUAUGUUCCACCCUGAGUCAGUUCGGCUCAGCUGAAAUGGCAAGUUCUCCAGCCUUGCCCCAGCUUACCCUCCUUGUCUGCCUCAUCUUCCUACAGCUGCCUACCCCUUGCUCAGCUCAGUUUGCUGUGAUUGGACCCCCUGGGCCCAUUGUGGCCAUGGUGGGUGAAGACGCUGAACUGCCCUGUCAUCUGUCCCCAAAGAUGAGCGCAGAGACCAUGGAGCUGAGGUGGGUGAGAUCAAGUCUUAGGCAGAUAGUAGACAUAUAUGCAGGUGGAAAAGAACUGGAAGCCAAACAAAUGAUGGAGUAUCGAGGAAGAACUUCAAUUUUAAGAGAUGGCAUCACUGAAGGGAAGGCUGUUCUCCAAAUUUACAACAUCAGAACCUCUGACAGUGGAAACUACCUAUGUUAUUUCCAAGAUGACAACUUCUAUGAAAAAGCACUCGUGGAGCUGAAGGUUGCAGCACUAGGUUCUGAUCUUCACAUUGAAAUGAAGAGUUAUGAGGAUGGUGGGAUCAAGCUGGAGUGCGUGUCCAACGGCUGGUACCCCCAGCCCCAAAUACAGUGGAAAGACGCCAAGGGAGAGAACAUCCCAGCUCUGGCAUCACCUCUGGUUGCAGAUGGAGCAGGCCUGUAUGCAGUGGCUGCAACUGUGAUUGUGAGAGGCGGCUCUGCGGAGGGAGUAUCCUGUAUUGUCAGAAAUUCCCUCCUUGGCCAGGAAAAGACAGCAAAGGUUUCCAUAGCAGAUUCCCUCAUGGUGAACGCCCGGCCCUGGAUCGCGGCCUUCGCAGGGACCCUGCCGGCUUUGCUGCUGCUUCUCAUAGGAGCCGGUUGCAUCCUGUGGCGACAGCAGCAGGAAAAACACUCUAUAUCUCAGGAGAAAGAGAGAGCACUAGAGGACAAAGAAACUGAACGGGCAGAAAAGGAGCAGGAACGAAGGACAAGAGAGAAGCUCCAGGAUGAACUCAAGUGGAGAAAGAUCCAGUACAUGACUCGAGGGAAGAAGUCUCCGGCCUAUGCUGAAUGGAAGACGGCCCUCUUCCAAGCUGCCGAUGUGAUUCUGGAUCCAGGCACAGCGAACCCCAUCCUUCUUGUAUCUGAGGACAAGAGGAGCCUGCAGCGGGCAGAGGCACGUCAGAAGCUACCAAACAACCCUGAGAGAUUCAAUUGGCAUUACUGCGUGCUUGGCUGUGAAAGCUUUACAUCGGGGAGACAUUACUGGGAGGUAGAGGUGGGGGACAGGAAGGAGUGGCAUGUAGGGGUGUGUAGAGAGGAUGUGGAGAGAAAGUGUUGGAUUAAGAUGACCCCCGAGAAUGGAUUCUGGACUAUGGGGCUGACUGACGGGCAUGACUAUCGGGCUCUCACCGACCCCCGGACCAAACUAACAAUUGCUGAGCCACCUAGAAGAGUGGGGGUGUUCCUGGACUAUGAGACGGGUGAGGUGUCAUUCUAUAAUGCUACAGAUGGAUCUCAUAUCUACACCUUCCUGCACACCUCCUUUUCUGGACCUCUGUGGCCUGUUUUCAGAAUUCUGACAUUGGAACCCACUGCCCUGACCAUUUGCCCAGUGCUGAAAGGAGGACAGAGUUCUCUUGUUCUUGAUCUAGUGCCUCACUUUUCCCUGGAGAGCCAGGUGACCCCGGGCUCAGCUAAUGGCAAUGAGGAGCCUCAGGCUGAAGUAACAUCCCUGCUUCUCCCUGUCCAGUCUGGAGCUGAGGGCCUCCUCCUCAACAGCGACAAAUCACAACAAUAAAGCACCUACUGUGUGCCACAUCUUGUUUGAAGCACUUUGCUAAUAUUAGUUCAAUCACUCCUUGUGAUUCUUUGACAUUCUCCAGUUCUUUGACACUGGUUUCUCUGGUUCUUUGACACUGGUUCCACUUUAUUACCUGUUUAUACAGAUGAAAACUCGGGCGCAGAAAAGCAAACGAACUUUUCAAAAGUGGCACAGCCAGUGGACGGUAGAGCUGGGAUUGGAACAACAAGCAUGUUGACAGAGAACUUAAAAUGAGCUGGGUGCUGUGCUAAGUGCAUUAAGUGAAUUUUUCGUAUUUAAUCCUCUUGAGAUCCCUUCAGAUCGUCUGGUUUUAUGGGUGUGGAAACCGAGCAGGCAAAGUUAAGUAAAUCGAGUGGCUGCUAGAUGUUUCCCUCUGCCCUGAUCACUGCAUGCCUUUCCUUUGCAGCCAGAUGGCCCCUGCAUGGGGGAGAGAACAGUGUGGGCCCUGAGGGUACUUCCCAGGGCAGCCCCUGGGGUAGGGAUCAUUGUAGGUGGCUGUGGGGGCCACACCCCACUCAUCACCUUCAGGCCCUUCAUCAGAGCCCUUGGUUCAGCACUCCAUUGGAAGGCUCUGUCGAGUGGCUUGGUCCACAGAAGGAACUCACAGUAAUGACAUCUCCCAGGACUGGCGAGAGGACUAGAAGCCAACCCUUUAGCUAAUAGCAGGACACAGAUGUGCCCACCCUGUGCAUGCGAUGCAUGAUCAUGGAGCCAGAACCAAUUCUUCCUCCUUUCGAGGACUCUAGAAAGCCUAUCUAAUCACCCAAGAACAUUGUAUAUGAAAUAAGGAUUUGGGAGGAAGGAAGCUAGAUGAACAUUGGGGAUAUUCUUGUCACACUCUGAAUCCUAGAGGAUCAGCCUUCUCCAGGAAAGAGGUAUUUCUGCCCCUGAUCACUGAUUGAUAUAACUGAUGUUCCUUGCUGCAGAUGGAUGCUGAAGAAAAACCACUCUUCGUUAUCAUCACUGUAAUUGCUUACCACAGUAUUCUCUCUACCUGGUACAUGGCUGUCAAGUUGCCUUAACUAAAUAAAUUUGUUGACAAUCCUCA